CGCGUGUUUCCCGGGUUGCGCAACAAGUAGGGAAGAAAGUUUCAACUUCUCAUCUUAACAAGUUGCAAAUAGUCAUGGAUGAAGACCAAGUUAUCGUUAUCGAUGAACAAGAUAGGCCGUUUGAGGAAGAACUUAUUCGUAAUCCACACAAUGUUAAAUCGUGGCUUAGAUACAUUAGUAUGAAAGCGAAGUCACCCCCAAAAGUGGUUUAUAUGUUAUAUGAACGAGCUGUAAAACAAUUGCCCGGGAGUUAUAAAUUAUGGUAUCGUUAUUUACGUCUACGGCGUGUGCAUUCACGUUCUCUUUGUCCUGGUAGUAUUCUGCAUGAAGAAACUAAUAAUGCCCAUGAAAGAGCUCUUGUUACAAUGCACAAGAUGCCUCGUAUAUGGAUAGAUUAUUUAAUGUUCUUAAUGUCACAAGGAUUGAUUACUCGAACAAGACAUGCUUUUGACAGGGCAUUGAAAGCUUUACCAAUCACCCAACAUGAUAGGAUAUGGAAUUUGUAUUUAAGAUUUGCUGAUAGACACGGUCAUAAAAUUAACGAGACCUGUGUACGAAUCUACAGACGAUAUGUAAAGUUUGCUCCAGAUGAUAUGGAACGUUUUGUCAAUUUUCUUAUUCAACAUGGAAAUGCCAAUGAAGCCGCAGUUGUCUUAUCUGAAAUAAUCAAUGAUGAUAGUUUUAUGAGUCGUGAAGGAAAAUCGAAAUUCCAAUUGUGGAACCAAUUAUGCAAUCUUUUGGUUAAAAAUCCUUUGAAGAUUACGUCGCUGAAAGCAGAUCCUAUUAUUCGUCAAGGAAUUCAUCGUUAUACUGACCAGGUUGGUGUUCUGUGGAAUUCUUUAGCUGACUAUCAUAUACGUUGUGAAAAUCUUGCACGGGCCAGAGAUGUUUAUGCAGAAGCAUUGAGUAGCGUCUCAACAGUUCGUGAUUUCACUCAAGUUUUUGAUGCCUAUGCUGAAUUUGAAGAAUCAAUGGCAAAGGCAAAGAUGGCUGCUUUGGAACAAUCUGAUGUUACGGAAGAUGAUGAGUUGGAUGUCGAAUUGUAUCUAGCACGUCUUGAAUCUCUCAUGGAUCGUCGUCCUUUACUCUUAAAUAGUGUGUUGUUACGUCAAAAUCCUCAUAACGUAGCGGAUUGGUUGAAACGUGUUGAAUUAUUGAAAAGUCAAGGAGCACGUGAACAGAUUGCAGCAUUCAUGGAGGGCAUUACAUCGGUUGAUCCAGCUAAGGCAACAGCAGGUCGUCCAUCAUCAUUAUGGACUGGUCUGUCACGUUUAUAUGAAGAACAUGGUCAGUUGAAUGAUGCACGAGUAGUACUUGAAAAAGCAACUGGUGUUGCUUUUAUGCAUGUUGAAGAUUUAGCAGCUGUAUGGUGUGAAUGGGCUGAAAUGGAAAUGCGUCAUGAUCAACCUGAAGCAGCACUUCGUUUGUUAGGGAAAGCUACUACUGCACCAUCACGUAAAGUCGAUUAUUAUGAUCGUUCAGAACCUGUUCAAGCACGACUCCAUAAAUCUUUACGUCUUUGGUCGUUGUAUACGGAUUUAGAAGAAAGUUUUGGUACAUUUGAAACAACAAAGGCUGCUUAUGAUCGAAUGAUUGAUCUACGUAUAGCAACUCCUCAAAUUAUUAUGAAUUAUGCAUUAUUCCUGGAAGAAUUAAAUUAUUUUGAAGAUGCUUUUAAAGCAUAUGAAAAAGGUGUUGCAUUAUUUCGUUGGCCAAAUGUUUACGAUAUAUGGGCUACUUAUUUGUCUAAGUUUAUUGAACGUUACGGUGGAAAUAAAUUGGAACGUGCUCGUGAUUUAUUUGAACAAUGUCUAGAGAAAUGUCCACCGAAAUAUGCUAAAGCGUUACAUUUAUUGUAUGCUCGACUUGAAGAACAACAUGGACUUGCACGUCGUGCUAUUCGUAUUUAUGAACGAGCUACAGAAGCUGUUCUUCCAGAAGAAAGAUUUGAGAUGUUCAAUAUCUAUAUUCAACGUAUUGCCGAUCUUCAUGGUGUUACGCAUACACGUUCAGCGUAUGAACAAGCAAUAGAACGUUUACCUGAAGAACAUUCGCGUAAAAUGUGUUUAAGAUUUGCUGAUCUUGAAAGAAAAUUAGGUGAAAUCGAUCGAGCACGAGCUGUUUAUGCUUAUUGUGCACAAAUGUGUGAUCCUCGAACUGAAACACAAUUUUGGCAAAUAUGGAAAGAAUUUGAAGUAACACAUGGUAAUGAAGAUACUCUACGUGAAAUGUUACGAAUUCGACGUAGUGUACAAGCAACUUAUAAUACACGUGUUAGUUUUGUUGCAAGUCAAUUACAAUUGAAUGAAGAAAAUCCAAUAACAAAUGCACCAAAAGAUGAAAUGCAAAAAUUAGAUAAAUCACAAACAGAAAUUAAUAUUAUAAGUACCAAAAGUAGUUUAACUUGUGGUCGUCCUAUGGUACAAUUUCAAUCAGCUGGUAUAAAACAAUUAGGUUUAAUGAAUGAAAAAGAUGAUAAACAACAAAAAGCUAGUGCUAACAUUGAAGAGAUUGAUAUCAAUGUUGAUGAAGGAGAAGAGGAAGAGGAGACCGAUGAUGAUUCAAUGGGAGAACAAGAAUUAAAAGAAACAAUAAAUGAAGAUAAUAUUGAAUGUAGAGUAUCUAGUAAACGACGAAGAAAAGAUCAUCCAGAUGAUAUUGAUAUUGAAAAUCAACCUGUUCCAUUGGCGGUAUUUGGUAGUUUAAAGAAGGCCGAUGAUGAUGAUGAUGAUGAGGACAGUUGAUAAUUGACAUCAUGUAUACAUUAUUCUUUUAUUAUUAUUACACUAUUGUUUGUGUACAGUAGUUUAUCAUUCUGAAAUGAGAUUUAUUUUGAGAAAAAAAACUGUGUGCAUGCGUGUGUGUGUGUGUGUACGUGUCUGUAUAUGCGACCAUUGUACAUUGAACACAUUGUGUAUAUUUGACUUUUCAAUGUUCAUUAUCCACUAUAAUAAUGUGUAUUACAUUCAUUUCAAAUAGAAAUAUUCUUCUUUUGUUUUAUUGUUUAAAUAAAUGGAUUUCUAUGCA